AUGCACCUCUUUAAGCAUGUUCUUAUCUUUGUGGAUACCCCAAUUUCGUAUUCAUCCAUCUCCUUUUCUUCUUGUGAAAACGUUAUGAUGAGGGGUUUGUUUGCAAUCAUGAUGCUUAUGUUUCAUGUUCAUGGAAUCCCACAAGAAAAAGAUCAAAACCUCAUAAAAACGACUUGCAGAAACACCCCGAAUUAUCAACUAUGCAUAUCUACUCUUACAGCAGAUCCCACAAGUAUCAAUGAUGAUGUCGCAGGUCUUGGUCUUAUAAUGGUGGCUGCUGUGAAAGCCAAGGCGAAAGAAACGAUGAAAGCCAUUAAAAAACUCAUGGUGUCCCGACCAGAGCUGAGAAAUGCAUUGAAUGAUUGUUUUGAUAGGUACAAAGCAAUUUUGGUGGGUGAUGUACCAGAAGCAGAGGAGGCUUUACGAGGGAAUCCUAAGUUUGCCGAAAAUAGCAUGGCGGAUUCAUCUAUAGAAGCUGUUGCAUGCGAACAAAAUUUCAGGAAGGUUAAAUCACCAUUAACAGGACUUAAUAACGCGAUGCGUGAUCUCUCUGAUGUUGCUAGAGCCAUUAUCAGAAAUUUACUUUGA